AAGCCUACUGACUUCCGCGACUGCUAGAAGCAUGAUCUGCGUGUGGUCGCCCGGGCGAUGAUGCCAGCUGUGAAGUUUGGAAGGGAUGCCUAGAAGGCUGAAGCCAUGGACAUAGACGCCGAACGAGAGAAAAUAACACAGGAGAUCCAGGAGCUUGAAAGGAUUUUGUAUCCUGGAUCCACCAGCGUCCACUUUGAAGUCUCUGAAUCCAGUCUCAGUUCAGACUCUGAAGCAGCCUGGGACCCUCUAAGCAAUGGUGAAUCCUGGUGGGGAGAAGAGGACCCAGAGCUCAGCCUAUCAACUUGAAUAGUCUCCAUGGCCCAGAUACACAGAAUUUCGUCCCUGAGCACUCCAAUUCGCUGCCUGAUGAGGACUUGGAAACUGCUGGUGCCCCCAUCUUGGUAAUUGUUGCUUACCAGGCCAGGCUGCUGGGUCAUACCUGUUAACUACCUUCCAAACUGGCCUAAGAGGACUUUGCAUGCCUGUGGGAUUUUCUACAAUUAAUGUUAUUUACUGUGAAAAUAAGGCAUCACAAAGUAUUUACUUAUUUUUAUGGUGCUAGAGAUGGAAUCCAGGGUCUCAUUCACACUAGGCUCACACUCUACCACUAAGCUAUACCCCUAAACACAAAUUAUUAUCAAAACUAAAGUUUAUCCAUAGAAGUGAAGUAACUCUAACAGACUGGUGACUAUAGCUGCUGGCUUUUCCUGAGCUCACAGUCAAAACAUCAGAUGUGAGAGGCAGCAUACCUGGGACCUGCUUCACAGCUAACCCUCUGUGUCUCAGUUUCCCGUUCUAGAUGGUAGUCAUCAUGGAUGGCUUAGGAAAGCAUCUGGCAGAGAUUAGUCAUGCCAGCGUUGCUAGCCAUGCUUUGUUCGUUUUGCUUACUUCCUCACCAAACAAGCAAGUAUGGAGUCCCAUUAGUGUUUAAGGACCAUGUGUCUGCUCAAUAGACUAACACAGCUCUGGAGUCGUUGGACAUUUGGCGUUCUUGGAGGUUUGACCCUGAUUGCUAUUCCGGGAAUUUCCUUGCUGAGAUCUGACACUUGAGGUGUUCCGGAUGGGAACACAAACUUGCUGUGAAGUUCAGGCUCCAAAGAGAUGUCUGUUAUAAAAAUGGAAGCUGCCUGCUAUGGUAUACCAACUCCCAACCCCAGCAUACAUUUUACAAGCAGAUCUCAUGUUGGUUUGGAAAGAUGCCCACUCUCUAGCUUGAGGAUGAUGGGCUCUGUAUAACUUCUCCCUCCUUCCAGUAUGGUUCCACACUCAGUGAGUGUAUACUAGGGCUUCCUCAGCUCCCUCUCAUGGGCUUAGGCUUGAGCUUGGCAACAGGAGAGGGCUGCCUGUUUCCUGUUCUUCCUGCUCCAUUUCUGGCUCCUAACUAGGAAGAGGAAGGGUCGAGUGAGAGCAGCAAUGAUGAGGAGGACCCCAAGGACAAAGCUCUCCCUGAAGACCCCGAGACCUGUCUGCAGCUAAAUAUGGUCUACCAGGAGGUGAUCCGGGAAAAGCUAGCAGAGGUUAGCCAGUUGCUAGCCCAGAACCAGGAGCAGCAGGAAGAGAUCCUGUUUGAUCUGUCUGGAACCAAAUGCCCCAAGGUGAAGGAUGGCAGAAGUCUGCCCUCAUACAUGUACAUAGGCCACUUCCUGAAGCCAUACUUCAAGGACAAGGUUACUGGAGUGGGAAGCACUGGGAGAAAGCCUUGCUCAGGAAGUCUGUAGUGAGUGACCGCCUACAACGUCUGCUUCAGCCCAAAUUGCUGAAGCUGGAGUACUUACACGAAAAACAGAGCCGAGUCUCCAGUGAGUUGGAAAGGCAGGCCCUGGAGAAGCAGAUUAAGGAAGCAGAGAAGGAGAUUCAGGACAUCAACCAGCUCCCAGAGGAAGCAUUGUUGGGGAACCGGCUAGACAGCCACGACUGGGAGAAGAUUUCCAAUAUUAACUUUGAAGGAGCCCGCAGUGCAGAGGAGAUCCGGAAGUUCUGGCAGAGUUCUGAGCAUCCAAGCAUCAGUAAGCAGGAAUGGAGCACAGAAGAAGUAGAGAGGCUGAAGGCCAUCGCUGCCACACAUGGCCACCUGGAGUGGCACUUGGUUGCAGAGGAACUUGGGACAAGCCGCAGUGCCUUUCAGUGCCUGCAGAAAUUCCAGCAGUACAACAAAACCCUGAAACGCAAGGAGUGGACAGAAGAGGAAGACCACAUGCUCACCCAGCUGGUCCAAGAGAUGCGAGUUGGGAACCAUAUCCCAUACCGCAAGAUCGUCUACUUCAUGGAAGGGAGAGACUCCAUGCAGCUGAUCUACCGUUGGACCAAGAGCUUAGAUCCCAGCCUGAAAAGGGGAUUCUGGGCCCCAGAGGAAGAUGCUAAAUUGCUUCAAGCUGUUGCCAAGUAUGGGGCGCAGGACUGGUUUAAAAUCCGGGAAGAGGUGCCAGGUAGGAGCGAUGCCCAAUGCAGAGACCGCUACAUCAGAAGAUUACAUUUCAGCUUGAAAAAGGGACGGUGGAAUGCAAAAGAAGAACAACAGCUGAUCCAGCUAAUAGAGAAAUAUGGUGUUGGUCACUGGGCAAGAAUCGCUUCUGAAUUGCCCCAUCGGUCAGGCUCCCAGUGUCUGAGCAAGUGGAAGAUCUUGGCCAGGAAGAAACAGCAUCUGCAGAGGAAGAGAGGGCAGAGGCCCCGUCACAGUAGCCAGUGGAGCUCUAGCGGCAGCAGCAGCAGCAGCAGUGAAGACUACGGCAGCAGCAGUGGCAGCGACGGCAGCAGCGGCAGUGAAAACUCAGAUGUGGAGCUGGAGGCGUCUCUGGAGAAGAGUAGAGCACUGACUCCUCAACAGUACAGAGUGCCAGACAUUGACCUGUGGGUUCCUACCAGGCUGAUCACCAGCCAGUCACAGAGAGAAGGGACAGGGUGCUACCCACAACACCCUGCUGUCUCCUGCUGCACUCAGGAUGCCUCUCAAAAUCACCACAAGGAAGGUUCUACCACCGUCUCUGCUGCUGAGAAAAACCAGCUGCAGGUGCCCUAUGAGACCCACAGCACUGUUCCAAGAGGAGACCGGUUCCUACACUUCUCGGACACCCACUCAGCAAGUUUGAAGGAUCCGGCCUGCAAGCCUGUGUUGAAGGUGCCCCUAGAGAAAAUGCCGAAGUUAAUCAGGACUCGUCCACCCACCCAGAGUCACACACUGAUGAAGGAAAGACCGAAGCAGCCACUCCUCCCUAGUUCACGCUCAGGGUCUGACCCUGGCAACAAUACGGCUGGGCCCCAUCUGCGGCAGCUAUGGCAUGGAACUUACCAGAAUAAGCAGAGACGCAAGAGACAGGCUCUACAUCGCAGGCUCCUUAAGCACAGGCUUUUGCUGGCUGUGAUACCCUGGGUGGGUGACAUCAACCUGGCCUGCACACAAGCUCCCCGGAGACCUGCAACCGUUCAGACUAAAGCUGACAGCAUCCGGAUGCAGUUAGAGUGUGCCCGCCUGGCCAGCACUCCGGUAUUCACACUGCUUAUUCAGCUAUUGCAGAUUGAUACUGCGGGCUGCAUGGAGGUGGUUCGAGAGAGGAAAAGCCAGCCCCCUGCACUGCUCCAGCCUGGCACCCGGAACACCCAGCCGCAUCUCCUGCAGGCAUCCUCUAAUGCCAAGAACAACACAGGCUGCCUCCCAAGCAUGACGGGGGAACAAACUGCAAAGAGAGCCAGCCACAAAGGGCGCCCACGACUGGGGUCAUGCAGGACUGAGGCUACCCCCUUCCAAGUCCCUGUAGCAGCCCCACGUGGCCUCCGGCCAAAGCCUAAGACUGUUUCUGAGCUGCUUCGGGAGAAGCGGCUCCGUGAGUCCCAUGCCAAGAAGGCCACUCAGGCUCUUGGUCUCAACAGCCAGCUGCUGGUCUCCUCACCUGUGAUCCUCCAGCCCCCUCUGCUGCCAGUCCCCCAUGGUUCCCCAGUAGUAGGCCCUGCAACGUCCAGUGUAGAACUCUCUGUACCUGUGGCGCCGGUGAUGGUCAGUUCAAGUCCUUCUGGCUCCUGGCCGGUGGGUGGGAUCUCAGCCACAGACAAGCAGCCCCCCAACCUACAGACCAUUUCCCUAAAUCCUCCCCACAAAGGGACCCAGGUUGCAGCCCCUGCUGCUUUUAGGAGCCUAGCCUUAGCCCCCGGGCAAGUCCCCACAGGCGGCCAUCUGAGUACUCUAGGACAGACCUCUACCACAUCCCAGAAGCAGAGCCUGCCCAAGGUCCUGCCCAUUCUUCGAGCUGCUCCCAGCCUCACUCAGCUGUCUGUGCAGCCACCAGUAAGUGGACAGCCCCUGGCAACCAAGUCCAGCCUGCCUGUCAACUGGGUUCUCACAACUCAGAAGUUGCUCUCUGUCCAAGUGCCAGCUGUGGUGGGCCUCCCCCAGUCAGUGAUGACCCCUGAGACCAUAGGACUACAAGCAAAACAGCUGCCUUCCCCUGCCAAGACUCCUGCUUUUCUGGAACAGCCUCCAGCCAGUACAGACACAGAACCCAAGGGACCUCAGGGCCAGGAAAUACCACCCACACCUGGGCCCGAAAAGGCAGCUUUGGACCUAAGUCUCCUUUCCCAGGAAAGUGAGGCAGCCAUCGUCACAUGGCUGAAGGGGUGCCAAGGUGCUUUUGUACCCCCGCUGGGGAGCAGGAUGCCCUAUCAUCCCCCUUCCCUGUGCAGCUUGCGGGCAUUGUCCAGCCUCCUCCUCCAGAAACAGGACUUGGAGCAGAAGGCUUCCUCUCUGGCGGCCAGCCAGGCAGCUGGGGCCCAACCUGAUCCCAAGGCUGGAGCCCUACAAGCUUCCCUGGAGCUGGUACAGAGGCAAUUCCGGGACAACCCAGCCUACCUCCUGCUAAAGACGCGUUUCCUGGCUAUCUUCUCCCUUCCUGCAUUCCUGGCCACUCUGCCCCCCAACAGCAUCCCCACCACCCUGUCACCAGACGUGGCUGUGGUUUCUGAGAGUGACAGUGAAGACCUCGGUGACUUGGAGCUCAAGGAUAGGGCUAGACAGUUGGACUGCAUGGCCUGCAGAGUGCAAGCAAGCCCAGCAGCCCCAGACCCUGUACAGAGCCACCUUGUCUCCCCUGGUCAGAGAGCUCCAAGUCCUGGUGAGGUUUCUGCUCCCUCCCCUCUGGAUGCUUCUGAUGGCCUUGAUGACCUUAACGUGCUCAGGACUCGACGUGCUCGGCAUUCCCGGAGAUAGAGGUUGCUUUGAGCAGCAAGGACAAGGCGUCAAGGGGUCCAGAAUCCAGCUCUCACUAGGCAAGAGGCAGGGCCCAAGCCUGCCCAGAAGCAGUACACAACCCUCAGCAAGAAGACGGGAAGCCAGAAAGCUGCAGGCUGAGGACCAAGCUGUCGGUAGCGAUCUACAGGCUGUGGUGAUAGCAGUGGCCACGUGAUCACAGGCUACCUGUUAACAGACUUGGGGCCGUGUAUGUGAGGGAAUAAAGGAAAUGCCUAAUUUUCACUUAAAAA